AGAGGGUGCCACGGUGGGUGUGUUCUUGCAACGGGGCUCCGCAGCUCAAGUGACGGUGGUACGCUGGGACAGACAGCUGAUGUGUUACUGGCACAAUGUUGCGUGUUACCACUGCCUCUUUGUGCACUUACUGCCAGAGGAUAAAAUUCUCUCUCAACCCUGUGGCACCCUUCUCUAAAGUAACCUCCACCAAUAACAGACUGGAAAAUCCUCACACGAUUGAGGCUCUCUACAAACUCUCUGUGGACAUUGGCAAGGUGCGCAAAUUUAAAAGCUGGGUUUUAUCAGAAACAUCAGCAUAUGUCAGUGAAAUUGCCGACAUGCUGAGAGACAUGGGUGCAGAUUCUUCUUUAAUUGCCUCAAUUCUACAAAACCAUCCCGAAGCAAUUCUUUGCCGGCCACAGGACAUCAAAGCCCAGAAAAACCUGUGGAUGUCUGUGUGUGCAACUGACCGUGAGUUGAUCAGUAUCAUUGAGAAGUUCCCGGCGGCCUUCUUCAUGAUGUCUCACCAUGAAAACCAGCAUGCUAACAUUGUUUAUCUCCAGAGUCUUGGCUUGUGUAAACGGAUCAUUGGUAAAGUGAUGGCCAGUGCCCCUCAGAGCUUCAGUCAGCCUGUUCAGAGAAAUAAGGAAGUGCUCCACACCUUAAGAGAAACCUACCUGGAACUGGGAGGAGAUGAAUGUAACCUUCGAGUCUGGCUGCAAAAGCUCCUUGGCCACAACCCUUUCAUCCUGCUUUGGCCUGCUGCAGCCUGGAGGGACGGCCUAUGCUUCCUUACAGACCAGGGCUUCACAAAAGAGGAGAUACUCAGUCUUGUCUCCUGCCUCAGGGCCUCCAUUGCAGAGCUGCAACCAGAGACUAUGCACCAAACACUGUCCUUUUUCGAACAAGUGCUAGACUGUUCCAAAGAGGAGUUAAAACAAAUCGUACUAUGCUGUCCUGCCAUAUUGUCUUUCCCCCUGCCCAGUCUAGUGCAGCGGUUCUAUGGGUUAAUGGACAUAGGACUGAACACAGAGCAGAUUAAAGAAUGUCCUGCUGUCCUGGAGCUGACCACUCAGAUGGUGCUGUACCGAAUGCAGAAGCUUGCCUCCUGUGGGUACGACACCCACAGUGGCAGCCUAGACAUAUUAGUGGGGUCAAAGAGAGACUUUGACAUGAUCUGUGGUAUGCUGCAACAAAGACAUCAGAAGACAAUGGUAAACACCACUACUUCUCUACGAUCUGUAGAGGAGUGACUAGUACAUUCUUACAAUUUUAUAAAACAACAGCACCAACAUUCUGUUGUAAGUGUAUUGUAUUUUCCAUGGAAUCAUUAGACAAAUACAUUUUAAAGCAUUAGCAAGUAUUCCACAAAUUGCCAAAGUCUAUCCAAAAUAGAAUAAUGUAUUGGUAUAAUUUGAUUGUUUUUGCACAUGUAAAGCAGUAAUGAAGCAGUUUUGCUAAAUGUCAUUAAAUGUUAAGUUUUCGAUCUUUGUUUAAUUUAUCACUUUCAUGAAUUCUGUGUACUGGACUUGUAUCACACCAACUAUUGUUUCAUGUGAAAAAACAAAAUACCAAUAUAUAAUAUCAGUAUCAAUAAUACUUAUUGAAGCUUGUUUUAAUGGAGUACAUUUUGUAUGGAUGAUACAGAAGAAUUUUGUGUGACUCUGGAUGGCUAUUGACAAGACUGAUUUAGUUAACUGUGAAGUCAUAAGUAUAUAUUAGUCAGUGUAGAGGGAUUUAAACGAUUUGACAAGCACUCAGAUAUAGACAACACUUCUGUUAGAUACACUGGAGAACUCACAGGGAAACUGGAGUGGAUAUUCUGUCAUCAUGGCAUCAUGAGCUGCAUUGGUAGAGAAACGUGCUUUUGUAAAUAAAAGACUGUUCACAAGUG